AUGUUGGAGGAACCCACGCCAAGCCGAGGAAGGGAGAAAGGAAAAGGGAGGGGAAAAAAGACGGCCCAGCCCGCUCAGGCUCCCACUCCUGCCCCCACUAUCCCCGCUCCCAUUGCUGGGCCUUCCAGCGCUCCGCCGCAAGCCGUAGCGGGCCCUUCUACAGCGGCGGCGUCGACACCCGCGAUGGCGCCAGCAACCGUGAGAAGACGAGAGAAGAGCGCUGCGCCUGCAAAGAAGCCGGCACCAGGCUCCAAGCCGAAGAAGGGCGGAAGAAAAGAGCCGGCAGUUCAACCCGCGCCGGAGCCCCGUCCGCUGCCGCCGGCCCCUGACUCAAUGGAGACGCCAUGGGUCGAGGUGGCCAGAAGGAAGAAAAAAGGGGGAGACGACAGCAGCACCGACAACAACCAGCGUGCAGCCGCCAAAACCUUCGCGCCGAAAGGAACCCAAGCUGCGACCGCCACGAUCUGCGGCCGUGUUCCGGAAUCCGGGGUUGGGGAGGCGGAGUUCGGGGGGCGAAAGCCCGCUGAUGGAGAUGUAGAGAAGGAGAAAACGGGCGCGAAGCCCAUGGAGGUGGCAGAUGAGUUUGUACGGCCUUUGAGUCUAGACUCGGACUCAA